AUGGCUGAUGUGGAGAAACCAGAAGCCAUACAGGCUGAUGAAACGCCCAAGCAAGCAGACGAUGCAGUAACUGAGCUCAAAAAAACCAUCACGGUUGACACACUUCAUAACGAUGAGGCUAUGAAAGUCCUUGUUGCUUAUACUGGUGAGGAAACGUGGGAUGAGAAGGAGGAAAAGAAAGUCCAGAGGAAGAUCGAUCGCCGGCUGCUUCCCAUUCUCUGCGCUACGUACGGGUUGCAGUAUUAUGACAAGGCGAUGCUCUCGCAAGCGGCACUUUUUGGGCUUCGCACUGAUCUCGAACUCGAAGUCGGCAAUCGCUAUUCUUUCUCUGCGUCAAUCUUUUAUCUGGGCUUCAUCGUCGGUGCCUACCCUGCUAUUGUCAUGGCACAGCGCUUUCCCAUUGAACGAGUUGCUUCAGGUAUCGUCUGUGUUUGGGGAAUUUGCUUGAUGUGCACUGCUGCUUGCCACAACUGGCAGGGCCUCUACGCCCAGCGAUUCUUCUUGGGGCUUCUGGAAUCCGGAAUCAGUCCCAUGUUUAUGUUGGUGGUGGGUCAGUUUUACAAGAAGAACGAGCAGGCGCUGCGGAUGGGCGCCUGGUAUUGCUGCACCGGUUACGUCUCGAUUGUGUCCCCAUUGAUCAACUACGGUCUCGGCCACAUCCACGGUUCCCUCUCCCCUUGGCGCUAUAUGUACUUGGUCGCUGGAGCUAUUACCAUCAUCUGGUCUGUGGUUAUCCUCUUCUUUAUGCCUCCUGACCCUAUCCGCGCACGGGGCUUUAACGAGCGGGAACGAUACAUCGCUGUAGCCCGCUUACGCAUCAACAACGCGGGCGUCCGCAACACCCAUUUCAAAAAGGAACAACUUUGGGAACUCCUCCUCGACGUGAAGUUCUGGAUUGUCUUCUCAAUGGCGUUCCUCAUCAUGAUCGCGAAUGGACCCGUUUCGACCUUCACUCCGAUCAUCAUUGCCAGUUUUGGGUUCAAUACUCUAAAUUCGCUGCUGCUGGUCAUGCCCGCCGGUGCGAUCAUCGGAACUGUAGAAUGGGUCGCACCUUAUAUCGCGUACAAGUUUCCAGGCAUGCGAGCCUAUUUGGUGACCAUUUGCGAGAUGGGCACGAUCUUGGCGAGUCUUCUGCUUUGGUUGUUGCCUAGAGAUGCCACCGGCGGAUUGCUGUUUGGAGCUUACACCCUGGCGAGCUUUGGAGGUGGCUAUGCGGUGUUGAUGGGCAUGCAGAUUGCCAAUACAGCUGGGUAUACGAAGAGGAGUUUGGCGAGUUCGGGCAUCUUUGUGGGCUAUUGUCUGGGCAACUUCGUCGGGCCUCUCCUCUUCAAGCCCGAGGACGCUCCCAGGUACGCACCGGGCUUUACCGCCGUCGUCAUCACUUCGGCGAUCGCCGCCGCCCUGUCCAUCGUGUAUCGCUUCAUCUGUGUCUGGGAGAAUAAGAAGCGGGACAAGGCGGGCACAAUGGAGGCGUUCGAGCAUGCCUACGAGGACGAUUUGACGGACAGAAAGGUUUUGGCGUCAAUGCUGCAGAAUCCGCAAUUCAGAUACACGCUCUAA